AUGAAUACUGCUUCAGCUUCAGAAAGUGGAUCAUAUUCCACAAACCACACAAGACCCUUUUUUUAUGCACAGCCAACAGCACAGCAGCCUUUUCCAAAUCCAUGGUACCUCAGCCAUGCAUACAGUCCGUACUGUGUACCUGCGCCAGGCAUCCGAAGUGGAAAUCCAUAUUUUCCAUUUUAUUCUGUUGCGCUCCAUGAGUACCCUGGAUAUUUUGUUCCACAACAUCCAAUGCAUGCAAGAAUUAACAGAAGGCCUUAUUUUAAUGCUCCCUCACCUUCCCCUGUGUUUUAUUAUGCAACAAGAUUUAGACACUAUAAUCCCUCUGGGAAAAAAACGGAGACAAAAGAAACACAGACUGAUCCUAGACAGCCUGAAAACAAGCAAAAAAAGCAUCAGGAUAUUAAUACAGAAACGAAAGGUUGUGAUGCAGGAGGUAUGGCCUGUGUUUCUUCUGGUAUAGGUACAGAAACUGAAAAUACUUCAGAGAAACAAGAUUUAUCUGGAUCUUCCAUUGUGGUAGACAGAGAGUUUUGUAACAAGAGCCCUUCCAGCUCUACACAGUAUAGAAAUCUUCCUACUAGAAGCUAUGCCUUUGAAAAGGAAGAAGUGAGGAUAGAAUAUGGAAAUGGCUCUCCAGCUAUUCAGUUGUGGAAGUCCUUUAAAGAAACUAUCCCUUUGUAUGAUGUGGCAAGUGGGAAACCAGUCCCAGAGAAUAUAGUGCAGCAUGACUUAUUUUCUGUUAGUUCAUGUGAAGGAAUGAUAUAUGGCCCUCAUGAAGGGGAGAAAAUGGUGCCAGGAGCUUCCUUAGAUGAGAGAAAAGCUCUUCUUGCCUCAAAGCAGGGUGUUGAAACUGUUCAAGAAAAAGAGGUCCUAAAUAAUCAAGUGAAGCUGGAUGCAGAAAAGCAGGCAAAUACAAGUCAACGGGCAAAAUCCCACCCAGGUGAAACCAUGGCAAUGCAGAUCACGGAGCUGGCAAGAUCUGUUAGUGUAGAUCAACCAGUGGUGCGACAGGAUGGAGGAGUAGCUAAGCAAUCUAGCUCUAAAAAAUCUACAGGCUCAAAAACUUCUCAAGACGAGCCCAGCUUUAUUCAGCAAGCAGGACUACUUCCAUCUAGUAUGGAGGUAAUGAAUGACUUGAGUUUUCAGCAGAAAAAGAUGAAUCUAAGCCACAGUGCAACCCAUGGAAGCCAAACAGAUAAAAGUAUUUGGUGUGACGAAUCAAUUGAGAAGUAUGUUCCCUCUAACAGUUGGCUGGCUCAUUUGGACAGUAUGGACACAAACUACAACUAUGACCUUUGUUUGCCGCAAGGGAAACAUCAAAGUGUACUCAGUCUUUCUUCUGAUGACAUGUCCUCUGGAGAGGAAUGCUCAUCAACUGAUAAUGUUGCAGUGUCUUAUAUUGUCCCUGACUAUGUGCUUCAGAAAAGCACAUAUAAUUUCAAAAAAAGUAUGGAGGGCUUAGAGAAAGAGAAAAUAGAAAGUGCUGGGGCCCUUAAUGAAGAUGAAGUGGUAGGAAGGGAGCAGAUGAACAGCUUGAGUGAUCAAGAUGUCAAAAACUCUUCAACCAUGAAGAUUAAAGAGGUUUCCAGUAAAGGUAGAAAGCUGGGAGCCCUUCCUAGAACUUCUAGUCAGAAAAAAAUCAAUAUUCUCAAGAAAAAAACAGCUAAGAGUUUGUCAGAAGUUGAGGACUCUGAAGAAUACUCUGUGAGGGGAGAAGAGGAGGAUGAAGAGGCGGAGGAUGAUGAUGAUGAUGACGAUAACGACGACAUAAAUGAAAUUGAGUAUUUCUUUCAAGAAGCCACUCCAUAUGGAAUCCUGAUGCCUAGUAAAGGAAGUUUCUACCAAAUUGGCCAGAGGGUGCUUUGGAAACCACCUAAAAAUGCUAUACCAGCUCAAUUAAUUAGCUGGCCUGCUCAAGAGAAAAUAAAAACUAGGAGUGGGCUUGGUGAAAACAUCGGUGUAAUUUACAAGCCAAAGGAGAAGGAACAAGAUGAAGUUGUAUACAGUGACUAUGGGUAUUAUGGAAGAAAGAGGCCUACAGUAAGAAGAGAAGGACUUGAACACCAGCAAACACUGCAAAAAUUCUUGGAAGGAAGGCUGCUAAGGGAGAAUGUGGGGAUGUCACUUGAAGAGUAUUGGAUUAAAAGUGGUGCUAAACCCAAAUUUAGCAGCCAAACACAUGGCAGUCUCUCACCCCCAGCCAAGAGCAAAGAACAAGGGUGUCCACCUUUGGUUAAACCAAAGAAGAAAAGAAUAGGCAAGCCACCUUCGAAGCGCAGAGACACAAGAUGUGAGGUGGAAGAAGUGUGGGAGAUGCCCAAAAGCAGCAUAUGCAAAGGGCAUAGAACAAGAAAGUGCCUCCAUAAGAGAAGAUAACUGCAAAUAGUGAGUCAGGAGAAAAAAACAAUGUAUGAGAUUUGCAUAAAUCAAAACUCAGUUACUAUUCUCUUGUAUAUUUUGUAAGUUGCUGUGCAUUCUUAAUGUGUAACAAGUGGCACUGUAAAGACUGAGGCCAUUAUUAAAAAGGAAUUAAGUAUUUAACACUAAAGUCACCUUUUUAUAAGUAGCACAUCCACUAUUUAAAUAAUAAAUUUAAUAGAACUGCACUUUAAGGCUUCUUGUAUUCCAUCUAUACAUAGGAGCAAAAAAGUUUGAUAGUAAUGUAUGUGUAUCAGUACUAUUUACUCCUGCCCAGUCCUUAAGCUCUGCAGCAUUGUGAAGCCUGUUAAUGUCAUCUCAUCUUAUAGUCAGUUUGUAUAUAUGAUGCGGACAGAUUCUGUUCCAUUAGCUGGAUUUUUGGCUGGAUUUGUUUUUGUUGAAGUGUAAAGGAAUAUAGUUAAAGCUUUAUCAAGUGCUGACUUGAAAUUUCAAGGCAGUUCCUCAGACCUUAUUCUUAAAUGCCUGAUUGAGGACUAAAAGUAAAGCACUGACUUAAUGCGAUGCUUCUCCCUCCUCCCUUCUUGUGGAGACCCUGAGCUGGAGAGAUGGAUUUUGAAGGUGAACCAGAAGUUUUUACAACAGUGGUGUGCCCUAUUCCCUGAAUUCUUACUGAUGACUUCUAUUACAGUUGAUACAGUCCUUGGCAACUUGCUACAGAAAAGUCUCUUUAUAGAACUAAGAUGAUAAAACUAGGUCUCUGCUGAGCUAUCAUGAAUAAUGGAAAUAGACUGAUCUAGAGGAGGUGAAUAGCUCAAAUGUGUAAUCUUUUUCAUUUCUAUGAAAGCUAAUAUCAUCAUGCAAGGAGA